AUGAGACAGACGAAACAAGAGCUGGGGAAUAAUCGCCAGGACAAUGGCUCAAAGCUCACAGGAAAUAAGCCCAUUCGAUUUGAAAAUAGAAAGAAAGCCCAGUAUGUCUGUCCUCAUCAGCAUCUGUAUGAUGAAGUGAAUGAUGAAGAGGCUUCAUCUCAAGUAGCAGAUAGUCAUACUAUACUGAAGAAGGAUGUAAAUAUUAGGAAGAAGGAUAGACUAACAGGAUCACGUGGCUGUGAUCUCUCCAUACAAGAAGUGAUCCCUACAACCAAUGAUGGUAGUAAGAGACCAACAGAAUCACGUGGCUGUGAUCUUUCCAUCCAAGAAGUGAUCCCUACAACCAAUGAUGGUAGUAAGAGACCAACAGGAUCACGUGGCUGUGAUCUCUCCAUUCCAGAAGUGAUCUCUACAACCAAUGAUGGUAGUAAGAGACCAACAGGAUCACGUGGCUGUGAUCUCUCCAUACAAGAAGUGAUCCCUACAACCAAUGCUUGUAGUAAGAGACCAACAGGAUCACGUGGCUGUGAUCUCUCCAUCCAAGAAGUGAUCCCUACAACCAAUGCUUGUAGUAAGAGACCAACAGGAUCACGUGGCUGUGAUCUCUCCAUACAAGAAGUGAUCCCUACAACCAAUGAUGGUAGUAAGAGACCAACAGGAUCACGUGGCUGUGAUCUCUCCAUCCAAGAAGUGAUCCCUACAACCAAUGCUGGUAGUAAGAGACCAACAGGAUCACGUGGCUAUGAUCUCUCCAUCCAAGAAGUGAUCCCUACAACCAAUGAUGGUAGUAAGAGACCAACAGGAUCACGUGGCUGUGAUCUCUCCAUUCCAGAAGUGAUCUCUACAACCAAUGAUGGUAGUAAGAGACCAACAGGAUCACGUGGCUGUGAUCUCUCCAUCCAAGAAGUGAUCCCUACAACCAAUGAUGGUAGUAAGAGACCAACAGGAUCACGUGGCUGUGAUCUCUCCAUUCCAGAAGUGAUCUCUACAACCAAUGAUGGUAGUGUCUGCAUUGUACAGAUUGUGUCAGGUGAUGUUGUUACGAUUGUCUCAGGUGAUGUAGCCAGGAUUAUAUGUCAGGUGAUGUUGAGAGGUGAUGUCAAAACUGUGUCAGAUGAUGUCAAGACUGUGUCAGCUGAUGACAAGAUUAUGUCAGGUGAUGUUGCCAGGAUUAUAUGUCAGGUGAUGUUGAGAGGUGAUGUCAAAACUGUGUCAGAUGAUGUCAAGACUGUGUCAGCUGAUGUCCAGAUUGUGUCAGGUGAUGUCAAGAUUGUGUCAGGUGAUGUUGCCAGGAUUAUAUGUCAAGUGAUGUUGAGAGGUGAUGUCAAAACUGUGUCAGAUGAUGUCAAGACUGUGUCAGCUGUGUCAGGUGAUGACAAGAUGGUGUCAGGUGAUGUCAAGAUUAUGCCAUCCAACAAUUCUACCCCCGGCCCCCUACCCAUCAACCGAUUCUACCCCCGGCCUCCUACCCAUCCAUCAAUUCUACCCCUGGCCUCCUACCCAUCCACUGAUUCUACCCCCGGCCUCCUACCCAUCCACCAAUUCUACCCCUGGCUCCCACCCAUCAACCUAUUCUACCCCCGGCCUCCUCCCCAUCCACCGAUUCUACCCCCGGCCUCUCACCCAUCCACCGAUUCUACCCCCGGCCUCCUACCCUUCCACCGAUUCUAUCCCCGGACUCCUACCCAUCAACCGAUUCUACCCCAGGCCUCCUACCCAUCAACCGGUUCUACCCCCGGCCUCCUACCCUUCCACCGAUUCUACCCCAGGCCUCCUACCCAUCAACCGAUUCUACCCCCGGACUCCUACCCAUCCACCAAUUCUACCCCGGCCUCCUACCCUUCCACCGAUUCUACCCCGGCCUCCUACCCUUCCACCAAUUCUACCCCGGACUCCUACCCAUCCACUAAUUCUACCCCGGCCUCUCACCCAUCCACCGAUUCUACCCCGGCCUCCCACCCAUCCACCGAUUCUACCCCGGCCUCCCACCCAUUAACCCGAUUCUAUCCCUGGCCUCCUACCCAUCCACCAAUUCUACCCUGGCCUCCUACCCAUCCACCACUCCUACCCCGCCUCCUACCCAUCAACCGAUUCUACCCCUGGCUCCCACCCAUCAACCUAUUCUACCCCAGGCCUCCUCCCCAUCCACCGAUUCUACCCCGGCCUCUCACCCAUCCACCGAUUCUACCCCGCCUCCCUACCCUUCCACCGAUUCUAUCCCGGACUCCUACCCAUCAACCGAUUCUACCCCCAGGCCUCCUACCCAUCAACCGGUUCUACCCCGCCUCCUACCCUUCCACCGAUUCUACCCCAGGCCUCCUACCCAUCAACCGAUUCUACCCCGGACUCCUACCCAUCCACCAAUUCUACCCCGGCCUCCUACCCUUCCACCGAUUCUACCCCGCCUCCUACCCUUCCACCAAUUCUACCCCGGACUCCCUACCCAUCCACUAA